CUGCAAACAAUCACUUUGGUCGAUCUAUCUUAAAGCCCUCCAUCACCACCAAUCGGCGACGAAAAGGAAACUACAACAGAGCAUCUUUUUUUUUGUCUCUUUGGUGACAAAUUGUCUUUGUGGGUUCUCUCUUUUCUCGGCGACCCGCCGCUACAGGCAAAAGUUUAUCAUCUCGGGUGUUGUACCAAGUGUAAGACACAGCUGCUGCUAGUCAGCAAAAGAGAAGCUAAAGUGGUGUUUAAAACUGUGAUGCUGAAUGUUUGGGCCAACAGGUGGGUUAGGGAUGAAUCCUUCAAUGGAUGAUAUGAACUUAUUACACCAGGCACAAAGGCACCAGCUUGUUGUAACCAAUCUUGGGGAAGAGAUUGAUUUAGAAAUUGGAACUGGAGAUGAUGAAGCUGCUUUUGCUACCAAUUCAUUGAUCGGCGAGCCUCCAAGGGAUCCCUCCACCGGGGAACAUGAUGAGACAAAGCAUAUGGUUUUGGUAUCCGAUCUUCCAAGCGAGGAUCAAGAUAUGUCUAAGGGGCAGCCAUCGGCGAAGAGAAAGAAGAAAGUUGUUAAACGGUGGAGAGAGGAGUGGGCUGACACCUACAAGUGGGCUUAUGUGGAUAUGAAGGAAGGAACGGCGAGGAUAUUCUGUUCUGUUUGUAGAGAAUAUGGUAGAAAACAUAGGAGAAAUCCGUAUGGGAAUGAAGGGAGUAGAAACAUGCAGAUGAGUGCGUUAGAAGAACACAACAAUAGUUUGCUACACAAAGAGGCUCUCCGUCUUCAAACGGCUUCCAAAGAUAAGAUUGUUGUUGACAAGCCCAUUUAUGUGAAGACUCUUAUGUCGAAGAGUGCUGGUUCAAUUGUUGAAAAUGCCCUGAAACGAGACCCUAAUGAGAUUGAAUUUAUUCAGUCUGUACAAGAAUCUGUGCAUGCUCUAGAGCGGGUAAUUGCGAAAAAUUCUCAUUAUGUCAACAUUAUGGAGCGACUAUUAGAACCUGAACGUAUGAUAGUGUUCCGGGUUCCAUGGAUUGAUGACCGAGGUGAAACACAUGUAAACCGAGGCUUUAGAGUUCAGUUCAAUCAAGCACUGGGCCCAUGUAGAGGAGGUAUCCGGUUUCAUCCAUCCAUGAACUUAAGCAUCGCCAAAUUUCUUGGCUUUCAGCAGACGUUGAAAAAUGCUCUGUCAGCAUAUAAACUUGGAGGGGCUUCUGGUGGAAGCGACUUUGAUCCUAAAGGAAGAAGUGACAAUGAGAUUAUGAGAUUUUGUCAAAGUUUCAUGAAUGAGAUGUACAGAUAUAUGGGUCCAGACAAAGACCUUCCGUCAGAGGAGGUUGGUGUUGGUACUCGAGAAAUGGGAUAUCUUUUUGGACAAUACAGACGACUUGCUGGUCAGUUUCAGGGAAGUUUUACAGGACCACGUAUAUAUUGGGCUGCUUCUAGCCUCAGAACUGAAGCUAGUGGCUAUGGCGUGGUUUACUUUGCACGACUUAUGCUUGCAGAUAUGAAUAAAGAAAUAAAGGGAUUAAGAUGUGUUGUGAGUGGUUGCGGAAAAAUAGCGAUGCAUGUUGUUGAGAAGCUAAUUGCUUGUGGGGCUCAUCCUGUUACAGUUUCAGAUUCAAAAGGGUACUUGGUGGACGACGACGGAUUUGAUUAUAUGAAACUUGCUUUCUUGAGAGAGAUAAAAUCCCAACAGAGAAGUCUGAGAGACUAUUCAAAGACCUAUGCAAGGGCCAAAUACUUUGAUGAAGUAAAGCCGUGGAAUGAACGGUGUGACGUGGCGUUCCCAUGUGCUUCUCAGAAUGAAGUUGAUCAGGCAGAUGCAAUUAAUCUGGUCAAUGCAGGCUGUCGCUUACUGGUAGAAGGUAAGAGAUUUCUUAUCUUAUUUGAGCAAAUAGUUUUAAGAGCUUCUCAUUUCCUUCUAAGUAGUGUGAAUGUGUUUACUGCAGGUUCAAACAUGCCGUGUACAGCUGAAGCAGUUGAUGUUUUCAGAAAGGCGAAUGUUCUGAUUGCUCCUUCCAUUGCUGCUGGAGCUGGAGGAGUUGCUGCCGGAGAAAUUGAAGUACUCCGUGAAUCUAAUUCAAUGCAAUGGUCAGCAGAAGAUUUUGAGUCUAGAUUACAGGAAGCACUGAAGCAGACUUAUGAGAAAGCUCUUAAAGCAGCGAAUGAUUUCGGUUAUCAGAAAGAGAGUCCUGAGGCUCUUCUCCACGGAGCUACAAUUGCAGCUUUCUUGAACAUAGCUCAAGCUAUGACAGACCAAGGUUGUGUUUAG